CUGCAGCUGAAAUAUCAUCCUUCGCUCCCAGUACACGCGCGAUCCAAAGGGACCAAUCACUGCUGACAUCCGAUUACAUGCUGUCGUGAUUUAUACGCCUCAAUGCAGGGCAGGAUUGGGGUUACAGACGAUGGUGUACCGAGGCAAGCCAUCAUCGGCAUGUGGAGAAUGUAGAAAACGCAGGAGCAGGUGCGAUCAAGCCACUCCAUGCAGGCAAUGUGUCAAAGCUGGUCGCGUAUGUCCAGGGUAUCGAAAUGCCGUCGAUCUCUUAUUCCACGAUGAGAGCGCAGAGGUCGAGCGGAAGAGUAAAGGCAAGUCUUCGAAAGCAGCAACGACUUCGACCAUCGUCGAGACUGCUGUCGUAGUACAAACCUUGGCUCCCGUCAAACUCAACAACUUUGUUGUGUACCAGCCAUGGGACGACUUGGGCGUGCACUUCUUCAUGUCGAACUAUGUCGGCAAAGACCCUGCCGUAUCACAACUUCACUAUCUUCCAGACUUCUAUGGGAAGCUGGGCUAUGCUACUUCAUCAUUAAAGAAAACGAUCAUUGCCAGUGGACUCGCUGGCUACGCCAGGACUACUCGCCGACCUGAUCUGAUCGAACAGUCUACCAGGACUUACGUCGGCGCGAUCCGAGACAUCAACACCGCACUAUCCAGUCCGCAAAAUGCGGUCAGCGACAUCACGCUCAUGUCAAUCAUGAUGGCUGCGAUGUUUGAGACUAUGCUGGUCUCUUCGGAAUCGGGUAUGCACAACGUCAGUAAGCACCUGGAAGGCGCUAUGUCAGUCGCGUACCUGAGCUUGCAACAACGCCCACCCAGUGACGUCUUCAAGGCGUUACUGAGCAUGCUGAUUCAGAGUGUGAUUAUGAACUGCUGGAUUCAGCACGUACCCCUACCAGCUCGGUACAAGUCGAUCAGGCCCUACGUCCCUGACAGGAUCAACCCUCACUCAGUACACGCGAAGCUUGUGGACGUCCUGUCACGAGUAAUCGAGUUCAGAGAUGACCUCAAGGGAGGCUCGUAUCAGAAUCCAGAUACGGUCCUUCAAAGAGCCUUGAAGGUCGAUGCCGAACUGAAGACCUUUAUUGAGGAGAUGCCGACCCACACUUGUUUCGAGAAGUGCUGGAUGCCAACAGCGCAAGUAACAGAGGUGCAGCAACUGGUCUAUAAUUGGGUCUUUCAUGCCUAUCCCCAACAGUUUGCCGGUCACCUCUGGAAUAACGUGCGCUCUUGCCGAAUACACUUACACCAGCUGGUACACCAGCAGUGCUCCAUCCUCCUAUCCUCGAGUGCUGGGAGCGAGUACGCGAACUUGCGUCUCCAAAGAUCAGCCUCCGAGUCACUGACGAUAGUGCUCGCCGAAGAGAUCUGUGCGACUGUUCCACAACUACUCUCGUCACCAAACCCAUCCGAACGCUCCAUGGCAUCGAGUUCCUCAACCCACACCAAGCCAGCGUCCGACAACUCCGGCCCUGGCUCGAACGCAUCAACACCAAGGACAUGCGACGCCUCGAGCCCCCAAUCCACAUCAACAACAUCAUCCGACGCAUGCAAAAACACCAUCCCCAACCCCAACCCCGUCAAAAACCCCCCCUUCACACCCGGCGCCCUUGACCCAGCCAGCGCCUUCCACCUCCUGCUGAAGCUACACAACCUAACCCUCGUCCCGUGGCUACCUUUCGCGAUGAAAUCCUGGAUCCGCGACCGUAUAACCUGGAUCAGCAGCAAUAGCGACCCCUACAGCGCCGGGCGAUUGAUCGCCAUGGUCCGCAAGCGGCCGUGCGACGGGUUUCCCGUCAGCGACGCGCCGGGCCAGGUGCCGUUCGGCGGGAUCUGCGAGACGAUUGCGCUGGCGCCGGUGGACCAGCGACUGUGGUUCCUCGCGCACAGCUGGCUGUUUGUGGGCAUUGACUGGAAUGCGGACUACUACUCGGAGAAGCAGACGCGCAUGACGAGCGAGAACGGGUGGCAGAUUCGGGAUGGUGAAGAAGGCACUGCCUUGCAGUUGAUUCAGGAGAGCGGCGCAGAGAGCUGGGAACACAGAUGCAGGCCAAGCAGGGAGAAGAGCAUGAUGACGGAUGAGGGUAUCGACUGUGACGUUUUGCCAGGCACGAACUUGGUGUGGAGAAAACCGCACUGGACAUUUGGAUGAGCAUGAAAGUGUGCGCGUCGCGGAGGGCGAGCCAGUGAAGCAUACAAACGAGCAAGCACAUGAGAACUUGG